AUGGAGACUCACCCCUACUGGCUUAUGAUCAGUAUCAUAUCACCGCUGCUUGCGUUGCUUUGUUUCCUACUCGUCGUCACAAGUUUAUAUCUUGGGCGCAGUAGCUUGACUUGGCCGUCGUAUAAUCCCGGCACUAUACUUUUAGCAGAUCGCAUCUCACCUUAUAUCUCAGCCAUUCUCAAUCCAACGGCUACCGUCCUGCCAAGACUAAAAUGUCCUGUUCUAAACACUCAGCGCUACCGUCCGCUGCAACAGAGGGAUGAGAAUCAAGAGCAGAUAGACUACUUCUUUGCCGUCAAUCUACGCAACUGUAAGGAUAUCCUUCCGCGAUUGCUCGGAAGUGUCGUUGAGGUAGCCCAAUACCUGGGCGUUUCUAGAUGUGCCUUGAGCAUAGUUGAGGGAAACUCCGCCGAUGGCACCGCGGACGUUUUAUCAGCACUUGAUCCAUUCCUUAAGGAGCUUGGAUUAGUUUAUUUCCUAAGACAAAACACAAAGAUUGACCCUUCAAAGAACGCACGCAUCAAGAAACUCGCUCAACUACGCAAUUUGGCCCUUGAACCAUUGGUCAAAAAUCAGGUGUCGGCUUCGGACACUACCACUCUUGUUUUCCUCAACGACGUGGCCGCAUGCCCUGAGGAUAUUCUUGAGUUGGCUCUCCAACGAAAAAGCCUCUCUGCCGACAUGACUUGUGCCAUGGAUUGGGUAUACCUUGGCCCACACCCGACCUUUUAUGAUGUCUGGGUGGCCCGAACAACUAAAGGUGACUCGUUCUUUGAAGUUGGGGAAGACGGCAACUGGAACAGCGCCUGGAACCUCUUUUGGAACGACCCCAUAACACGGAGACGUUUCGACGAGAACAAGCCAUUUCAAGUAUUUGCUUGUUGGAAUGGGGCAACAGCAAUUGGAGCUGGACCGAUUUUGCAUGGGUUAAGAUUCAGAGAGAGCAAUUCGACAGAAUGUUUCCAGGGAGAACCGACCCUUUUUUGUAAAGACCUCUGGCAUAAAGGCUUUCGUAAGAUCGCGGUCAUCCCCAGCGUUAAUCUCGAGUACUCAGAUAAAAGGGGAGCAGAUAUCAAAGAACUCAAAGGAUACGUGUCUAAUAUUGUUGAGCAUCAGAUGGAGGAAGAUAAUGCAAUCGACUGGGUAUUUUCGCCACCCGAACAGGUCCGUUGCAUGCCUACAUGGGAGACACAAGGAUGGAGGCCAUGGAACGAGACGUUAUAA